AUGGACAUCAAAAAGGAUGGUGUCACGCACGUUGACGACGUGGACAAUGAGUUUCAUCAAGCGAAAGUUGCUGUUCAGCUGUCAGAAGAGGCUGUCCACGUCAAACAAAGUCCUUGGACAUCGAGCAUGCUGAAGCUAUAUGGUUGUUUAGCUAUUGCAUAUCUCUGUGGCUGCUUGAAUGGAUAUGAUGGAAGCUUGAUGGGAGGCUUGAACGCCAUGGACACAUAUCUUGCCUACUUCCACAUGNNUGAGCAUGCUUCUUGGGAAGUGAAUGACGAAGUUCUCGACGCUGAUGUCUGUAGGAAAUCUGCUGGCAGUAGUACUGGUAUCACAUUUGCGAUANUACAACAUUGGAUCGAUCCCAGCGGUCUUCUUAACCGGACCUGUGAACGAUUACUAUGGGAGACGUGA